AAUAUUUUAACAUUUCAGAAUGACAUCACCUAAUGACUUCACAGCCAUAAUGAAUUAUUGAAUUUAUUUUGUAAUCCAUUUAGCAGGCCGGAAAUGCAUGAUAUUACUCUUGAUAUUUGAUCCUUUCUGGGUGAUACCUUGAAUGGACUCCAUGACCACCAUCUGAAAUGGGUGUCAAAAACUGCCUUUGUGCUUGCAAAUGUUUGCCGGAUGUUCCCAAAUUAAAGUAGCCCACAUAUCACUCAAUAAAUCAAUGAAGUAGAGCCCUCAGUGUCUGUUCAGAGAUUUUCCAUUUCCUUCCUAACAAGGUUGCCCUCGUAAAUAGAUGUCCGUUAUUAUUGACUAAUUACAUUUAGCUCAUUGAUUCAUUGAUGUUCAGUCAAAGUUCACAGUAAGAGCUAAUACAUUUCAAAAGAUUUUAAUGUUGUGGGCUUGUGGCUUAUUUAAGGGAUAGACACAUUUUUGCACUUAUUUUGCAGUAAAACCGCCAAUAAUAAUAUAACAGCUAUAAUAGAUAUGGCAGCCUAAUACUGAUAUAGAUUAUACAGUACAUCCUAUACUCAUUUAAAAUUCUCAAUGUCAUUUCUUCAGGACAGCAUAUUCAUUGGCGGAUAUGAUAGGUUAACUGUCCAUUGACAAAAGUACCCCUUCCGUCCAGUGAAGGGCAAGUGUUCCUCUGAGGAAUUGAUACUUGAGAGGUUUUAAAUAGGAGGGAUGUGCUUCCUCCCUUCAGUUCAUGCCGAGCUCUCACUGCAUAAACUUCAGGCAUGGAAAAAUUGAUCACUCCUCUGUGAGGACAUCAGAUUUUCCAUCCAUUUUAAAGCACUUUUCCAAAAAGGGCCUGCAGCAAUGUCAGAGAGGAAGCCCAAAAACUCGGAUACACGUCCCAAGAACCUGCGGAGCUGGAGCGCUGAUAGUUACAUCCGCAGUAUUAAAAAACGCUCCCGUGGGUCACACCAUGAGACAGCGUCCAGAGGGGAAGAGGGGGAAGGAACAGACGACCAGACUGUACGCUCUGCUUCUUGUCCCCGGAGACGUCGAGAGCGAAAGUGCAGCUGCACAAUCCCUGGAGAAACGGAUCCAGACUCUCCUUGCAGGAAAGCCCUGUCCCGCCGGUCUCUGAGGCAGAAGUUUCAAGACGCCGUCGGCCAGUGUCUCCCUCUUCGCAAUCACCACCACCACCAUCACCACCAGUCUGGUUCUUCGCGUCCAUUCUCCGUCCUUCUUUGGUCCAAACGGAAGAUUCAUGUGUCCGAGCUCAUGGAGGACAAGUUCCCAAAUUCUCCGAAAUCCGAAUUGGCUCAGUGUUGGCAUCUGAUCAAGAAACAUGGCACUCACACCAAACCUUCUUUAAGCAUCGAAACCGAACCCACAGCUCCUUUGUUAUCCUCUUCUCCUCCAAAGCUCAUUUCAUGGGAAGAGAUCAGCUCUACUGGGGCUUCUAGUCUGGAUGACUGGGAUCCGUCUUUUGCACAUGGAGACACUGAGUGCUGUGCCCACACUGACUACAUCCUGGUUCCUGAUCUGCUUCAGAUCAACAACAGCCCUUGUUACUGGGGUGUCUUGGAUCGUUUCGAAGCUGAGCAGCUUUUGGAAGGGCAACCAGAGGGGACCUUUCUGCUCCGAGACUCUGCCCAGGAUGAAUACCUCUUCUCGGUUAGCUUCAGACGCUAUAGCCGCUCCCUCCAUGCUCGAAUAGAGCAAAACGGGAAGCGCUUUAGCUUUGAUGGCCGUGACCCUUGUAUGUACAGAGAUUCCAGUGUCACAGGCCUGUUGAGGCACUACAGUGACCCGGCCACAUGCCUAUUUUUUGAGCCUCUUCUCUCUCGCCCACUACCUAGGAACUUUCCUUUCUCUCUGCAGCACAUGUGCAGAGCGGUCAUAUGUAGCUGUACAACAUAUCAGGGCAUUGACGCCUUGCCUUUACCCUACAGUUUGAGACACUUCCUUAGGCAAUACAACUAUAGGUGCAAUGGAGCUUGUGCUGUAUGAAAACUGUGACAGAAGUGAGACAAAACUACAUGUUGCUUGAUUUGACAGAUUAAAAGGCACAAUAAAUGUAUUCAACACAAUAUGGUGGAGGUAGUUACUAUGCAGCACAAAAACAAUUUAUGUUUCUAAUGCAAUUUUGUGAAAACCAAAGUUAUGCAGGACAUCAGUCGACAUUUCUAUACCAUUAAGUAUUUUUUGAGCAGAUUUUCUAGGCUAUGUGAAUUUGAUUUGUAUUUUUCUAUUGUUUUGUAUUUCUCAUCUGUUAAUAUACUUUAUUAACUUUUGUAUGCAUUAUAAAGUUCUGUGCCCUAGAUCUUCACGAUAAAACAGUAAAUUAAUUGAAUUAAUGGACCCUUUUCACAUUUCCGGCGUUCUCAGAAGCGGAAGUCGUCAUAAUUGAUUAAACUUCAAGAGUGGUGAACAGGAGAUGACGGCAAAACAUUUUGUAUUCCUAUUUACUCUAAAUCCACGACAGCAUUUCAGGAUUUUCCAAAAGAAUGAAAAAAUAUAGAGAGAUUGUUUUUUUAAGCAGUCAGAAGAGAGAAUGAUGUCAAAUUUGCCGCCACUGCUGUUUUU